UUAUCCCAGCCCGCUCCCCCCAUUUCGGUGGGUUGUGGGAAGCGGGGGUAAAAUCCUUUAAACACCACUUUCGCCGUAUUUUGGGUUCGAAAUCUCUUCGUCUGGAUGAAAUGGUCACCGCAGUAACUCAAAUCGAGAGCAUACUUAACUCUAGGCCAUUGACGCCGUUAUCUAACAACGCUGAGGAUUUAAAUGCUUUAACGCCGGGACAUUUUAUAAUCGGAGAACCAAUGUUCUCAAUUCCGGAGCCAGACGUGACGGAUAUGAGCAUUAACCGCUUAAAUCGUUUCCAGGAAUUGAAACGAUCCGUCCAAGAUUUCUGGCACCGAUGGUCCCGCGAUUACGUGAGCCAGUUGCACCAACGACCCAAAUGGCAAACCGAAACUCACAACGAUCCGGUCCAAGGCGCAUUGGUCCUGCUCAAACAGGAGCACCUUCCUCCACUUCAGUGGAACUUGGGUCGCGUCGUCGAAACGUACGCAGGGAGCGAUGGGCACAUAAGGGUGGUGCUAGUGCGAACAGUUCGAGGAAUGUUCAAAAGAGCCGUGACCGAAGUCUGCACACUCCCGAUAGAUGUACUUCCAACGUCAAGCCCAAUCGAGAGCCAAAGGUCGCACGAAAGGAAGCAGCUAGGAACCGACAACGGAAGGAUACAGGUACAGAUACCGAGGACGACGCAUCGUAGGAUCAAACGCAGUUGAAACAGUAGGUUUCAACGGGGCCCUGUGUGUUGAAUUAUGAUUGAUUUAUUUUCCAGUGCUAUAUUUUCGAACAUUGAAUUAUCGAUUGAACUACCCCUAGCCUAACUUGAAAUCCCAUAAUUAUAUUGUACAAUGAAUUUCCGCUCUUAGGUAUAAGAUUUUUUCUAUAAAAGCUCAGCAGAGCCAGAAAACGCUCUCUUUCCACUCUCCAAAUUCGCUCGUGCUACAUCAUCAUAUCACAGUUCCCAGUUAUCUAAACCAGUGCGCAGUUUUUGCUCCGCUUUCGAGGCCGAUAUUUUACAGUGUGUAUAAAUCGCAAAAAGUUCUAAACAGUGGUGCCGAAACCCGGGAAUUCGUCUCGCCGGAUAAGUGUCGGGUCGCGUAGUGUGUGUAAAAGCAGUUUGUGACCGUGUGCUAGGACCACGUGGGAUAUCCUUUCUCGACACGGGCGGGCUCGAUUUGGGGGAGCUCCGAAGCAGCACUUCGUGACCAUCUCUCGUCACCUCAGGAAGCGUUAAUCUACUUCGGCGGCCGUUCUGGUACGGCAAUCCGCGCCCAGCAGGUCGGAAUCAACCUUGCUUAACAGAGUACUGUGUUCGGGUUCGUGAUGUCAGGAAUGUACACUACGCCUGCGAAUCAACCGCCAAUUUGCAUAGUUAGUACAGCUAACAGUCUGGACGGGAUGCUUCAGAGAUUUUGGGAGAUGGACAAUCUAGAUCACGGUAGAGCUCUGACAUUGGAUGAGCAACGGUGCGAAGACCACUUCAGAAGAACAGUGACGCGUGAACGAGAUGGGAGAUACGUAGUUCGGCUGCCUGUACGAGACGAUCGACUGCCGUAUCUAGGUGACGCACAUCAGUUAGCACAGCGUCGGUUGCUGUCUACCGAACGACGGUUUAGAACUGAUCCGAACCUUCAACAGAACUACCACCAGUUCAUGGAGGAGUAUGCAAGACUAGGACACAUGGAGCCCAGCGUCUAUACAGGAAUUGAAACGAUCCGUCCAAGAUUUCUGGCACCGAUGGUCCCGCGAUUACGUGAGCCAGUUGCACCAACGACCCAAAUGGCAAACCGAAACUCACAACGAUCCGGUCCAAGGCGCAUUGGUCCUGCUCAAACAGGAGCACCUUCCUCCACUUCAGUGGAACUUGGGUCGCGUCGUCGAAACGUACGCAGGGAGCGAUGGGCACAUAAGGGUGGUGCUAGUGCGAACAGUUCGAGGAAUGUUCAAAAGAUCCGUGACCGAAGUCUGCACACUCCCGAUAGAUGUACUUCCAACGUCAAGCCCAAUCGAGAGCCAAAGGUCGCACGAAAGGAAGCAGCUAGGAACCGACAACGGAAGGAUACAGGUACAGAUACCGAGGACGACGCAUCGUAGGAUCAAACGCAGUUGAAACAGUAGGUUUCAACGGGGCCCUGUGUGUUGAAUUAUGAUUGAUUUAUUUUCCAGUGCUAUAUUUUCGAACAUUGAAUUAUCGAUUGAACUACCCCUAGCCUAACUUGAAAUCCCAUAAUUAUAUUGUACAAUGAAUUUCCGCUCUUAGGUAUAAGAUUUUUUCUAUAAAAGCUCAGCAGAGCCAGAAAACGCUCUCUUUCCACUCUCCAAA